UUAAUUUGAAAAAUGAGUAAGUGCAAAAAGCCACCAGUACAUCAGAUAGCAAAUCCUGAGGCAUUCGGCCCAGAUGUUCUUGCUGAUGUUUUUGAACUCUUUGCCAAGAGCUUUACUUACGGGAAGCCACCUAAUAAUGAAUGGCAGCUACCAGACCCCGGGGAGGUCUUCACCUGUGACCACAAGGAACUUCAUACCUUUCUUGAUUUGAAGAACUCUCUAAACGAAGUGAAAAACCUUCUGAGCGAUAAGAAGCUUGAUGAGUGGCACGAGCACACUGCCUUCACUAAUAAAGCUGGAAAAAUCAUUUCUCAUGUGAGGAAAUCUGUGAACGCCGAACUCUGUACUCAAGCAUGGUGUAAGUUUCAUGAGAUUUUGUGUAGCUUUCCACUUAUUCCACAGGAAGCUUUCCAAGAUGGAAAGCUGAAUUCGCUACAUCUUUGUGAAGCUCCUGGUGCGUUCAUAGCUAGUCUCAAUCACUAUUUAAAAUCCCAUCGAUUCCCCUGUGAGUGGAGUUGGGUAGCCAAUACUCUGAACCCAUAUCAUGAAGCAAAUGACAGUCUAAUGAUGAUUAUGGAUGACCGGCUUAUUGCAAAUACCUUACAGUUUUGGUACUUUGGUCCGGAUAACACCGGUGAUAUCAUGACUCUGAAAUAUCUUACUGGACUUCAGAAUUUUAUAAGCAACAUGGCUACCAUUCACUUGAUCACUGCAGAUGGGAGUUUUGAUUGCCAAGGAAAUCCGGGAGAACAAGAAGCAUUAGUCUCCUCUUUGCAUUACUGUGAAGUUGUCACUGCCCUGAUGAGUCUAGGGAAUGGUGGCUCUUUUGUUUUGAAGAUGUUUACUUUAUUUGAGCAUUGUUCUAUAAACCUGAUGUAUCUGCUGAACUGUUCCUUUGACCAAGUCCAUGUUUUCAAACCUGCUACCAGCAAGGCGGGCAACUCUGAAGUCUAUGUGGUGUGUCUCCAUUAUAAGGGAAGAGAAGCCAUCCAUCCUGUGUUAUCGAAGAUGAUGCUGAAUUUUGGAACCCAAAUGACCAGCAAAACAUGA